GCUCCACCAUGUACGAAACGGUUGUCCCGCCAACGCACCAAGAUGGCCGACGAGGUGGAGGAAGGAGCAUCCCCGCUGAGCGCACGCCCUGCACAUAGGCUCGAGCCUCCGUUGACAGCGAAGAACUACCUUCUUCACAAGCUUUACUUGCGACAGGAAUACGCGGAAUGCCUCAAACUCAUUGAAGAGAUGCUCAAAGAGCAUCAAGGGCUGUGCGAAUACCCCAUAUAUGUCAAAGCGUUGAUCAUGCAACGCAGCGGUCGUAUUCAAGAGUCGUUGCAGCUCUUCCAAGCAGCGACAUGCUUGAACCCAGACAACAAGGACAACUUGAAGCAAGUCGGGCGGUCGUUGUAUUUGCUGGGAAAGCACAAAGCUGCGAUAGAGGUGUACGAGGAGACAAAGAAGUUGGCUGGACCUGAUGACUGGGAGAUUCACCACAACAUUGGGCUGUGCCACAUGUACCUCAAGAGCUACGACCUCGCUAUCGAGUCGUUCCAGAACGCAAACAACAUCCAUCGCCACGACACGACAUUUCUCCAGCUCGGAAAGGUCCACACCCUUCGCGAAGACUUCAAGGCCGCCAUAAACGUUUACUUGGAAGCGCUCGAGUUUUCUCCGGAGAACCCCGAGUUACUCACGACCGUCGGGCUGCUCUACCUCCGCAUCGGCGAAAACUUUCGCGCUUUCGACUACCUCGGGAAUUCCAUGACUCAUGAUCCUCGGAAUGCCAAAACCAUUCUGGCGGCCGGAUCCAUCAUUCAAGACCAUGGUGACAUGGACGUCGCACUGGUGAAGUACCGCGUUGCCGCCGUCCAGACACCAAACUCGGCGCAGCUGUGGAAUAACAUCGGCAUGUGCUUCUUCGGCAAGCAACGAUAUGUCGCGGCCGUGGCGAGCCUUAAGCGCGCGCUGUACUUGGACCCGUUUGAAUGGAUUACGUCGUACAACUUGGGACUGGUCCAUCUCAACACGGGCCAGUACGCGUCGGCGUUCCACUACUUUAGCGCAGCGAUCAACCUCAAGCCCGACUUUCCCAGCUCGUACAUGUACUUGGCGAUCACGCUCGGGCGGCUGGACGACUUUGAGAACGCUUGCAGCGCGUAUGAGAAAGCGAUUGAGAUGGAAGCCGACCACUUGUUUCACUUAAACUACGCCGUCACGCUCUUCAACAACGACGAAAUCGAGCGCGCCAAGGUCCAGUUUGACAAGUUCGACGCGAUCUUUCAAAGCCUCGACGAAGCAACGCAGUCGAGCGAUCCUGAAGUCAUAUCCCAGCGCCAGGCGCUCUUGGAAGCGUUGAACGAGUGAAUAGGAUUGACCUACAACGCUUGACAAUACCCUGGGGAGCGCUAUCACAAAGUGCUUUGAUGGGCGAUGUGGGGCUUGAUCAUCAGCUCGAGUUGCCGACGCUUGAUAAAUAUGGGACAGGGGGCGUUGUUCAUGCCAGCAGGAGCAUUCGUCCACGCAAUGCCGAAAGAAAUACCGACUCGACGGACAAAUAGUGCUGCAGCGCAGGGUUCGACGUGUACUUGUCGCGAUCGCGUUGAAACUCUAGAAUGCGCUGGUCCAGGACGUCCUUGACUUUUUGAAACAUAUCGUUGCUAAGCGCAAGGGGAGCGGAUGGCGGAUUUGACCACAGCGACGACAAGUCUGGCAACGAGUGCUGUCGCAGCACAGCUACUUGGUUUUGGAGUUGCUGGACCUGACAUACCAAUGAC